UCGGUCAGUAGGUAAAUGGAAAAUGUGUGGCAUAUAAUAAGUGGAAUCUUCAGGUUGCAAACAAGCCACCUUAAUGUGUCGGUCCUCAUUUUUCUCAACAACCAAACAAUGCCAUCCCCUCUCUCCCAUUCUCCAGUAAAUCAUUUUCCUUCUCUUUCCCUCGAGAAAAUAGAAAAGAAAAUGAGACAGAAGAUUCAAACCAACCCCAACGCUAAUAAUCUCAUCACCAUGGAACGAGAUUCACAGUCAACCAUUUCCUCUCUCCACAACAACACCUCCUCUUCUUCAACCAUCCGAUUCCUCGGCCUUCUCAAACAACCGGAUUCCGAUCCCGACCCGUUCGAGCUCGACGAGAGCGACGUCAUUUGGUCCUCCUCCGAUCUCUCGGAUUCCGGCAGCGUACACACGCAUUCUCCGCCGACUGUGUCCAAUUCUCCGACGAACCUCCGCCGCCUCUACAACCACAACAGCAACCACCACCACCAAUUCCAUCCGCAGAAGUCCGGCCUCUCCGCAGCGUUAUCCGACGACCAGCACCCUCUGGUCCGUCGCAAGCCGACUCUGGACCCGUUCCUGUCGGCCGCCGCAAAGGCGAUUCCGCCGGUGCCACGGUCGGAGGUUUUCGCCGGACACCACCACUACAACCACCACCAAUCGGCUCCGGUGAACGUGCCGAUUUGGCCGAAGAAGAUCGGGAAUUUCGGAGGAGGUGAAUUGAGGCAUGUGGAUGAAGUGGACGACGACGACGUGAAGGAGGAGGAGGAGAUGGUUCCGCCGCACGUGAUCGUGGCGAGGUCGCACGUGAUGACGUUCUCGGUGUUGGAAGGCGUCGGCCGGACGCUGAAAGGGAGGGACUUGCGUCGUGUUCGAAAUGCGGUGUUUCGGCAGACAGGUUUUAUUGAUUAAAAUUAAAACCUAAUUUGAUUUUGUAAUCCGUCUAAUUCUCUGACAUUAAUUAUUAUUAUAUUUCGAUAUGAAAUUAUGAAUAUUUUAGCUACUGUCAUUGGGUAUAAUUAUGUUAAAAUGACAGUAGUGCUAUUUUGAUCGAAAAUUUAUACGGUAUUAAGAUUUUGACAUAGUUCCGUUAGAAUAUUAAAUUUGAGAAUUAUUGUUCUUAUAUUAA